AGUAAAGAUGCUGCUCGAACAUCCGGGGUCAAGUUGUCAGACCAACGGCAAUUUCUCCCGAUACUCUGCAGGACAAGAGAUCCCGGUGUGCGCGGGCUGCAGUCAGCACAUCGUGGACCGCUUCAUCCUCAAAGUCCUGGACAGACAUUGGCACAGCAAGUGCCUCAAGUGCAGCGACUGUCAGGCGCAGCUCGCGGACAAGUGCUUCAGCCGAGGGGACAGUGUGUACUGUAAAGAAGACUUCUUCAAGAGAUUCGGGACCAAAUGCGCGGCGUGUCAACAGGGCAUCCCGCCCACGCAGGUGGUGAGGCGCGCGCAGGACUUUGUGUAUCACCUGCACUGUUUCGCGUGUAUCGUGUGUAAAAGGCAGCUGGCCACCGGGGACGAGUACUACCUGAUGGAGGACAGCAGACUGGUGUGUAAGGCGGACUAUGAGACGGCCAAGCAGCGAGAGGCAGACUCCACCGCAAAACGACCUCGAACAACAAUCACGGCGAAACAGCUGGAAACACUGAAGAACGCCUACAACAACUCGCCCAAACCGGCUCGCCACGUCCGGGAGCAGCUGUCCUCCGAGACGGGCCUGGACAUGAGGGUCGUGCAGGUUUGGUUUCAGAACAGAAGAGCGAAGGAGAAACGUCUAAAGAAAGACGCUGGACGGCAGAGAUGGGGGCAGUAUUUCCGUAACAUGAAGCGAUCCAGAGGAAGCUCCAAAUCGGACAAAGACAGUAUCCAAGAGGAGGGAAUGGACAGCGACGCAGAGGUCUCCUUCUCAGAUGAGCCUCCGUUGUCGGAACUGGGCCACUCCAACGGCCUCUACAACAGCCUGAGCGAGUCGUCACCAGCCAUGGGAGGCCGUCAGGGGGGCAACAGUCACGGCUCCUUCCCCCUGGACCACGCCGUGCUCCCGUCCCAGGACCAGUUCCACGACAUCCGCUCCAACAGCCCCUACGGUCUGCCCCAGUCGCCGGGCUCGCUGCCGUCUCUACCCCGACAACACCAGCCGCUCAUCUCCAGCCUCGUCUACCCCGACGCCGGCCUUUCCAUCAUGACCCCCGGGACGAACAGCGCCGUCAACCCCAGAGUUUCCAUGGCGACCAACAACGGACCCAGCUCGGACCUGUCCACCGGCAGCAGCGGGGGUUACCCGGACUUUCCCGCCAGUCCCGCGUCCUGGCUCGAUGAAGUAGAUCAUGGACAGUUUUGAUCAGGCAAGGAAUGAACACUCUUUUUUUUUUUUUAGGUUCUUUUUUUCUUUUUUUAAUUUAACAAAAAAAAAAAAAAACGGACUCUGGGAUUUUUUUCAACGAUGUAAAGUUGGACAGUUCUUGUCAUGCUGCCCCUUUUGAUAUUCCUCCCGUCUGAAUGUCAGGUCUGGAUUAAUUUAUUACAUUUAAAAGCACUUGGCCUGAAAAUUGUGUAGUUAAAAUUUUCACAAGGUAAGAACAGAAUUUACUUUUUUUAAUAAGAAAAAAAAGUACCACAGACAUGCUUGUAGUUGAGACGUUGUGGAAUUACUUUACGUGUGUUGUCAUGUUUUUAUUUCUCACACAAAAACAGGUCGAUUAGGGGACUUUAAGUGUCGGUUUGUUGCCAAAUGUCUAUAAAUAUAGCUAUUUAUCAUUGUGAAAGUUUUAUUUUUAUACUCGUUCCUUCUCAGACAUGAAAAAGGAGACAAACAGCGUCUUUGUACAUUCUUAAACAGGGACUUAGGAAAUAGGUGUUGUCUUAAAUUGUACCGAUUCUAUGCAUUUGUGUGUUAUUUGUUUUGGUCGAACUUUGGUCGAAAACCCCGAAUAAAAUGUUGCGGUAGCGGCAUGGGGCAUGUUGUAUAUGUUUGUUUAAUGGGAAAAUCAUGUCUUAUUUAUUCACACUGGUGAUUAUGAUACUGAGAAUCAUUUCUGAAGUCUUGGCUCAAGGGUUUAAUAAAUCUGACUUAAUUAUUAUACAAAAAA